AUGAGUGCGGCCGGGCAGGAUGCGAAGUUCUUCGCUAGGGGCAAAGUUGCAGAGCUCAAGCUCGAGCUCAAUCAAGGUGGAGGCAAGAAGGACAAGAACUUCUUGACCAAGAAGAUCGCGCUCAAGAAGAUCGUUGCGAACAUGACAAUGAGCAACAAUGACAUGGUCGCGCUUUUUCCGGACAUCGUAGGUUGUAUGGGCAUACCCAAUUUGGAGAUCAAGAAGAUGUGCUUUCUCUACCUGGUCAACUACGCACGAAUGAAGCCAGACAUCGCUCUCAAAGCCCUUCCCAUACUUAUUCAGGAUCUGGAUGAUACGAACCCCCUGAUACGCGCACUUUCCCUACGAACUCUGUCUUAUGUCCACGUGCGACAAUAUGUUGAAGCAUCAGUAGAACCACUCAAGAGCCUUCUCCGAGAUCCAGACCCAUACGUGCGGAAGACAGCAGCCUUUACAGUAGCCAAAGUUUACGACCACGACAGACACUUGGUGGAACGCAGCGACUUGAUCGACAGACUCAAUCUCAUGCUGAGGGACGAGAACCCCACAGUCGUCUCAUCUGCUCUGGCAUCAUUGAUGGACAUCUGGGAACGGAGUGAAAGCAUUAAACUGACGAUCGACUAUGCUAAUGCCAGUAAAAUCGUUCAGAUUUUGCCAGAUUGCUCCGAAUGGGGACAAACGUACAUUCUCGAGGCACUCACUUCAUAUGUGCCUCAAGAUACACAAGAAGCAGCGUUACUUGCAGACAGAAUUACGCCACGACUAUCACAUACGAACUCCGCCGUCGUACUGACAUGCAUUCGGGUCAUCCUCUACCUGAUGAACUACAUUGACUCCGAUAAGACCAUCGCUGGACUAUGUGCGAAGCUGAGCCCACCUUUAGUAACACUCCUCAGCAAGGGUUCCGAGAUUCAAUACCUUGCACUGCGGAACGCUUUACUCAUCUUGCAGCGACGACCGGAGGUGCUGCGAAACGACAUCCGAGUGUUUUUCUGCAAAUACAACGAUCCUAUAUACGUGAAGGUCACCAAGUUGGAACUCAUCUUCAUGCUGGCCAACGAGAAGAAUAUCAAGGAAGUAUUGACGGAGCUACGAGAGUACGCAACGGAGAUCGACGUACACUUUGUCCGCAAAUCAGUGCGUGCGAUCGGCAAGCUGGCGAUCAAGAUCGAGCCUGCAGCAAAGCUUUGCAUCGCAACACUACUGGAGCUGGUAUCAACAAAGGUAUCAUAUAUUGUGCAGGAGGCCACAGUCGUCAUCAAGAACAUCUUCCGCAAAUACCCGAACCAAUAUGAAUCGAUCAUCUCAACGUUAUGCGAAAACUUGGAUUCACUAGACGAACCGGAGGCGAAGGCGGCUAUGAUAUGGGUUAUUGGCCAAUAUGCAGACCGCAUCGACAACUCCGAGAUUCUUCUUGAGGAUUUUCUCGACAGCUGGGCAGACGAGACACACGAAGUGCAGCUCGCACUUUUGACUGCGACAGUGAAGCUGUUCAUACAACGACCUAGCAAAGGACAAGAUCUGGUCCCCAAAGUUCUCAAAUGGGCGACGGAAGAGACCGACAAUCCAGAUCUGCGAGAUCGAGGCUACAUGUACUGGCGAUUGCUGAGCAGUAAUCCCACGGCCGCGAAAAGCAUCGUCAUGGGCCAGAAACCUGCUAUCACGGCCGAGAGUGAGAAGCUCGAUCCCGUGACAUUAGAAGAAAUGUGCUUGGUCGUCGGCACCUUGGCCACAGUGUAUCUCAAGCCCGUACAGACUGUCUUCCGCUCAACACGGCCUCGGCGACUCCAAGACAGUCCCGCUCUCCAACGAGAGAAGCUCCCUUCAUGGCGCGCACAACAAGAAGCCAACAUGGUUGCUGCAGAUGCGCAGGCGGCUAUCAACGGUCAACAGCAGCAACCGAGCGGACAUGUGCUUGAUGAAGCUGACGCGUAUUUUGCGAGCGUUGGUGGACAAGGGGUUGCCAACGAUGGCUUCGCGUCGAGUCCUACUGGAGGUGGUCACCCCGAGCAAAUGUAUGUUGUUAAUCAGGGACAAGGUUUGGGAACCGUGAGGCCCAUGACGCAUGUGCAAAACGGGGAAGGGGAUUUGCUGUCGUUUUAGGAGAUGAUGGCUGAAGGCAGGGGAGAUGUGUUGGACUGAUUGGAGAUUCUGGACCUGCUGUAUUUUGCGCUCCCAACACGCCGUGCGUGAAUGCGAUAGUAGACACAGCGCGAUGUCGGCCGUCGCUCCUACCAAAGAGUCAAUACAGACCGAUCGCGCGCCAUGUAAAACUUUUCUCUUGGCAAAUGACAUGACUACAUCUGCGGCAGCCUUCGCUGCUACAUUUCACAACAACAAUUGACCCGUGAGCACUGCAAUCAC